AUGGAGAAGUUCUACCGAGGGCUGGAUCCAGUGACGCAAUCAGUUGCUAACAAUGCAACUGAUGAAUAUGGUAAGGAGAAUCUAGAUACCCAGCAAACAUUGGUUGAGCUUGCAAUAAAUGUUUCCUUGCUAACAAAGAAGUUUGAUGAAACCAAUAUUAAGAAGGUGAAUGUUUGUGAGGAUGAUGCAGGGAACUACAAUAAUAAUUAUGGUGGUACGAACCAAGGGAGAUACAACAAUAGCAACAAUUUUGGGAACAAGAGUUCCAAUCCUUAUAUACCACCGAAAGGACAGUCAACCGAGCAAGGUAGUUCGAAGGUUGAAGCAAUGCUUGAGAAGAUUCUGGCAAAUCAAUCAAAGUCUGAGAGGACUUUAUCUGGUCUGACAGAGACAGUGGGUUCCCAUACAACAGAUAUUCAGAAACUCGAGUCACAGAUUAAAGAUAUUUCUAGAGAGCAGCACCCUCCUAAAAAGGGAGGACUUCCUAGUGACACUAUUCCAAAUCCAAAGAUGGGGGAGAGGUUGGUGAAGAAGAAGGAAGAUGCUAAGUUCAAAAAAAUUUAUGAUCAGCUAAAGCAAUUGUCUCUAAAUUUUCCCUUCUUGGAAGCUGUCAAGGAGAUGCCUGGUUUUCCUAAGGAUUUGAAGGACCUGCUGACCAAGAAGAAAAUGGUGCAACAUGAAACUGUGAGUUUGACUCACACUGUGAGUUCCAUCAUUUCAAUAACUACUGUUCAGAAGAAGGGCAAUCCUGAGGCGUUCACCAAUUUAUGUUUUGUUGGGCACUAUGAUUUUCCUCGUGCUCUAUGUGAUAAUGGAGCGAGUAUUAACUUGAUGCCACUUUCUAUAUACAAACAAUCGAGUUUGGUAAUGCCAAGGCCGACUACUAUGAGGUUACAGAUGGCUAAUAGGUUUAUUAAGAGGCCUGUUGGUGUGGUUAAUGAUAUUCUUGUGCGGGUUGGUGAAUUUAUGUUGCUGGCUGAUUUUGUGAUCCUUAACUGUGUUGUUGAUCGGGACAUUCCUAUCAUUCUGGGGAGAACUUUCCUUGCUACAGGGAGAGCUCUGAUGGAUUCGGAGAAAAAUGAAAUCAAGUUCCGAGUCAACGUGAAGAAGUUACUUUUCAGGCUAGCAAGGGGAUGA